AUGAGUUCGCCCCUGUGUGACCUAAAGACAGAAGAUUUUGGUAAUCCGAAAAUCCCAUGUAGUUUCCAUGACGACUAUGACGUAAUCGCCGCGUGCGAAACGUGUGACGACAGACUCGUUUGCAUUCAAUGUAUGAACUCCACAUGUUUUGGACAUACUUUGUGUAAUCUAGAAGAAGUCGCGGAACGUCGGAAGCAAACAAUUUGCUGUCUUUUAAGAGACGCUGAGGUACUUGCCAUCCCAAAACUGGAAGUCCAUCUCAAUCAGGUGAGGAGAAAACGUGAGCUGCUUUCAACACACUGUGAUGACGUUUCCCAAAAUAUUCGGACACGAGCAAGUGAACUGAAGAAAAGUAUUGAUACAAUCUGUGAAAAGCGUUUAGUUGAAUGUGCGGAAUUCCAAAAAAGGAAGGAUGAUAUGUUGAAAAUGUAUGAAGACAGCAUCACAAGAGAACAUGCAGAGCUUCUCGAUUCGAUUUCUAAAGUAAAAACUAUCGUCUCCUCGUGUAAACUAAGGGAACUGUUACAAAACGAAGGAGCGAUUUCCGUUCUUUCGAACACCGAGACAAACACAGCAGUCCCGGUGGUGGCAGCACUCUGGUUUACCCCGGAGGAGGUCAAUGUGGUAGAGAUGACACGCCUGUUUGGUGCUAUGCAACGCUCGGUGACGAUAAGCGAGUUCGAACACAUAUCCCGCGAGGUGAGAACAAUUUGUCUGGUUGGUGAGCAAGCAUGGAUUGGUUGCGAUGGCAACAAAGAGUUAUGUCUCACAAACAAAGAGGGAGAUUCGGUGAAGAGCGUCAAGAUUUGUACGUACUUCAUGAAUCAGAUCAUGGACAUCUGUCCUGGAGCAGAUGACAGCGUUUGGGUAGCGUGUCGUGACGGCAUUAUAACGCAGGUAAUGUCACAUGACGUCAAAAUCGAUCGAUUUUUCAUCGGCGUUCACGCGACGGCCUACAGUUUGUAUGUGUUCAAGGACGGGGAUAUCGUCGUUGGUCUAGUGGAAGGCGUCUUCCGUAUGAGGGGGAAGUUAGUCCGCUACAGUCCGAAAGGUGAGGUUCUAGAUCGGGCGGUUCGUGACAACGACGGGAACCUGCUGUUUUCUAUCCCUACUAAAGUCCGAGGUUGUGACGAAUCACGGGAAAUAGCUGUCGUCAGUUUGGACAGCAAGGGAGACAACUCGGUGGUGAUUCUGGACGCCGAUAUGAAAUUCAAACUAAACUUCAAAGGUAAAGCCCCGUUUCAUCCGUCAGAUGUCUGUUUUGAUUCUGGACAAAACAUCCUGAUUUCUGAUAGGGCUAGCAUGUCCGUCAUGUUGCUCGACUCGCACGGUCAUCUGUGUCGCAACCUUCUAGUCGCCACAGUGGCGCCAUCUGCAAUUUCUAUACAAGGGAAUGGCGAUCUUUGGACGGGAUUCGAGAACGGGAUGAUUCGAGUAUACAAGUAUGCUCCCUAA